AUGGCUCAACGAGCAGCAUUCCACUGUCUCCGCCAAACCUCCUCCCCCUUCCAAUCCUCGCCUUCAACUCUCCUCCGCAACUCCAACCCAACAUGGCUCCGAACAAAACGAACCCCCAACAUCUCCUCCGUUAAAACCCAACAUAGAACCCUCCUAACCCAAGCCCAACGCCGCCGAGCCACAACAGCCGCAGGAACAGCCAUACCCACAACCUCCCAACCCAUAAUCGACCACCACUACGACGCAAUAGUAGUAGGAGCCGGCGGCGCCGGUCUACGAGCAGCCGUAGGCCUCGCAGAAUCCGGGCUAGAAACAGCCUGCAUAACCAAACUCUUCCCGACUCGCUCCCACACCGUUGCCGCUCAAGGUGGAAUCAAUGCUGCGCUGGGGAAUAUGACCGAGGAUGACUGGAGAUGGCAUAUGUAUGAUACUGUCAAAGGGAGCGAUUGGUUGGGCGAUCAGGAUGCGAUUCAUUACAUGUGUAGGGAAGCGCCUAAAGCUGUGUAUGAAUUGGAGAAUUACGGAAUGGCGUUUAGUAGGACGGAGGAUGGGAGGAUUUAUCAGAGGGCGUUGGGGGGUCAGAGUUUGAAGUAUGGGAAGGGAGGGCAGGGGGUUAGAUGUUGUUCUGCGGCGGAUCGGACGGGGCAUGCUAUGUUGCAUACUUUGUAUGRGCAGAGUGUCAAGCAUAAUACCAAUUUCUUCAUUGAGUAUUUCUGUAUUGAUUUGCUGAUGGUUGAUGGAGCCUGCGUGGGAGUGCUGUGUAUGAGCAUGGAAGAUGGGACAUUACACAGGGUGUUUGCGAGGAAUACGGUUCUUGCUACUGGUGGUUAUGGUCGGACAUAUUUCUCUUGCACAUCUGCGCAUACAUCGACUGGAGAUGGAAAUGCCAUGGCUGCUCGGGCAGGUCUCCCCAACCAAGACUUUGAAUUCAUCCAAUUCCACCCCACAGGAAUAUACGGUGCAGGAGUCCUCAUUACUGAAGGAUCUCGUKGUGAAGGUGGCUACCUACUCAACUCGAAUGGAGAACGAUUCAUGGAACGCUAUGCUCCCACAGCCAAGGAUCUCGCUUCACGCGAUGUUGUUUCCCGCUCUAUGAAUAUGGAAAUCCGAGAAGGUCGCGGUGUUGGACCGGAUAAAGAUCACGUCUACCUGCAACUGUCUCAUCUCCCUCCAGACUUGAUCUACGAGCGAUUGCCGGGAAUUGCAGAGACGGCCUCUGUGUUCUCUGGGGUGGACGUCACGAAAGAUCCUAUCCCCGUGCUGCCUACAGUCCAUUACUGCAUGGGUGGCGUUCCUACAAACUGGAAGGGAGAAGUCCUCAACGUCGACCCCGUCACUGGAGCCGAGAAGCCUGUCGAGGGACUGUACGCAGCUGGAGAAGUAGCCUGCGUGAGCGUCCACGGAGCCAACCGUCUAGGAGCAAACUCCCUCUUGGACAUUGUAGUCUUCGGCCGUGCCUGCGCGUUGGAAAUCGCGGAUAAAAACGAAAAGGGAAUGCCUCAUAAAAAAGUCCCCGAAGACAUCGGAAUGGAUCACCUAGCUGAGAUGGAGAAGAUCCGAGAAUCGAAUGGCGAUAUGCUCGGCGCACAAAUCCGCAGCGACAUGCAAAAAGUCAUGCAAGCUGACAUCUCCGUCUUCCGCACCGAAGAAGCUCUCGAGCAAGGAAACAAGCGAUUGGAAAAAGUCCAGAAGGAUUUCAAUGAGCGGUUGGCUGUCAAGGACAAGUCGAUGAUUUGGAACUCGGAUUUGGUGGAGACGUUGGAGAUGAGGAAUUUGUUGACUUGUGCGGCGCAGACUGCUAAGAGUGCGUUGGUGAGGAAGGAGAGUCGGGGUAGUCAUGCGAGAGAGGAUUUCCCGGAGAGGAAUGAUAAGGAGUGGAUGAAGCAUACGCUGUCUUGGCAGAAGGAUAUUGGGGAUGAUGUUCAGAUUGGGUAUAGGAAGGUUGUGUUGGAUACGUUGGACAAGGCGGAGAUGGAGAGUAUUCCGCCUGUUAAGAGGACUUAUUAG